AUGGCAGAACUGGCUCAGCUCCGACUGGUGAACGGCCCGAGUCGCUGCGCUGGGAGAGUCGAGGUGUUUCACAAGCAUCAGUGGGGAACCGUGUGUGAUGACAGCUGGGACUUACAGGAUGCCGGAGUCGUGUGCAGGCAGCUGGGCUGUGGGACGGCGUUAUCAGCCCCAGGGGCGGCUAACUUUGGGCAAGGAUCUGACCCUAUCUGGCUGGAUGACGUCCACUGCGCAGGAACCGAAGCUGCCCUCUCCGAAUGCAGUACUCUUCUGCCUUGGGAAUGGAAUGACUGUACCCACGGAGAAGAUGCCGGUGUUGUGUGCUCAGAACUGGCUCAGCUAAGACUGGUGAACGGCCCGAGUCGCUGCGCUGGGAGAGUCGAGGUGCUUCACAACAAGUUGUGGGGAUCCGUGUGUGAUGACAGCUGGGACAUAACUGAUGCUGGAGUCGUGUGCAGGCAGCUGGGUUGUGGGACGGCGUUAUCAGCCCCAGGUGCGGCUAACUUUGGGCAAGGAUCUGACCCUAUCUGGCUGGAUGACGUCAACUGCGCAGGGACAGAAGCUGCCCUCUCCGAUUGCAGGGUUCGGUCUUGGGGAAGGCAUGACUGUCAACACGGAGAAGAUGCCGGUGUUGUGUGCUCAGAACUGGCUCAGCUAAGACUGGUGAAUGGGUCAAGUCGCUGCGCUGGGAGAGUCGAGGUGUUUCACAACCAGCAGUGGGGAACCGUGUGUGAUGACGGCUGGGACAUAACGGAUGCUGGAGUGGUGUGCAGGCAGCUGGGCUGUGGGACGGCGUUAUCUGCCCCAGGCGCGGCUAAAUUUGGGCAAGGAUCUGACCCUAUCUGGCUGGAUGACGUCAACUGCGCAGGGACAGAAGCUGCCCUCUCCGAAUGCAGGGCUCGGCCUUGGGGAGAGAAUAACUGUAACCAUGGAGAAGAUGCCGGUGUUGUGUGCUCAGGGCUGAGUCCCAGCAGCCAGGAGAUCUGCUCAGCUCCCGGUGCUCUCCCUGCCCCCACUCUCUACCUGAGCCAGACGUCUGCCCAGCCGGUGGACUCUGUGAGGCUCCAGUGCUCCAUGAUCUCCCAUCUCCUGGCCUCCCGCAUCGUCUUCUGUCAGGAUGGGGAGGAGGUUUGGUCCCAGAGGGGCUUAUCUGGGAAACUCACCUACGACUAUGACCAUGCAGUAUCCGGGGCAAGCUCCAGGAAUUACUCCUGUGCAUACGAGAUCAAGGACAGUGACAACCAGGUGAUCAGGUCCCAGCUCAGCCCUCCCCAGCACCUCAUCGGCACCGGACUGGAAAAUGUUACAAUAUUGGCAAUUACAGUUCCUGUUUCGGUGGGUGUGAUUUUGGCUCUUGUUCUGCCCCUGGUGUAUUACCUUAAGAAGAAGAAGAAAGUUGUAAAUAAUAGGAGAAAAGAAAGGUUGCAAAACCUCUAUGGGAAGAACAAUAAUCCCACUGAAGAUCAGUACACGGAUAACAAUGGGGUUGCAUAUUCCCAUGGCAUGGGUAAAGAAGCCCCGGAGCCGAUCUAUGAAAAUUUUGAUCUAACGGAUAUGCCUCCUUCUAAACAUCACUCCAAAGAGACGUAUGAAUCUGUCUUUCCGCUAUAUGCGAACGACGUGUACAGGCCAUGAGAGGUGCAGGAUGUUGGAAGAUAAGCGUCUCAGUUUAGCUUUUUCAAGGAUUGAUUUCAAUGUGUCGGAGCCAGCAGAAGAGGGAAGAAGAGGACACUCAGGCACUGAAGGAACAUUUCAGAAAUUUGGAAAUAUGAAGAAUUUUUGGUUUUUGAAGAGAGAAAUAAAGAGCAACAUGACUUUAACCUAUCUGAUUUCUUAACUGGGAAUGAGGAUGUGUGUCAAUUUCAGACUAGUUCCUCCUGUGCAAAAGGAAAAUGUGAGUUUGAUGUAAAUAGAUGAUGCUGUAUCAUAAAUUGUAACUGUAUUUCUGUUACAUGUAUGCUGGGCUGUAAUGUAUGAGAGGGCUCACUUAUUUGAUCACAUGAGUCAGAAUUUUCUUUUUGUUAUCUAGCUCUAUAAAACUAUUAAUUUCAAUUUCCUCUUUUUCAAUAU